AGGAUCAGGAUCAGGAAGGAAGAAAUCAAGAAGAUGUGCUCAGCAACGGCGUCGCAGAUUGUUGCAAAAUUGAAUCUGAAGCCGCAUCCAGAAGGUGGGUUUUACUGGGAAACGCUCAGGGAUACUUCCGUCGUCCUCCUCAAACCUCAGCUUCCUUCCCAGUGUUAUGCCAUCUGAAAAGGAUAGCACCUGUUGUUUUCCUCGUACAACUCCACUGUCUGCAAAAGGUUAUGUCAGGUCCUCCUCCUCCGCUGUCUGCAAAUUCUGUGAUCUAGAUAAGGUUGGUCGUCCUAUCAGUACUAGCAUAUAUUUUUUGCUACCUUCUGGGAGCGUAUCGCACCUCCAUCGUAUACCAUGCGCAGAAACCUGGCACUUCUAUAUGGGAGAACCUAUUACGGUAGUGGAAAUGAAUGAUAAAGAUGGUAGUGUGAAGUUAACAUGCCUUGGACCUGAUCCAAUUGGAGCAAACCAGCAACUGCAGUACACAGUGCCCCCCAAUGUGUGGUUUGGUGCAUAUCCAACACUGGACAUGGACAUUUCUGCUGAAAGUGUAGCAAGAAAAAAUGCACCUAGAGAUGCUGAGAACCACUUUUCCCUUGUGGGAUGUACUUGUGCCCCGGCCUUUCAGUUCGAGGAUUUUGAGCUGGCACAACGAUCUGAGCUAAUUUCAAGCUUUCCCAAAUAUGGUUCCCUGGUUAAUUUACUCACUUUUGCCGAGUGAUUGGGAGAAACUUUUCGCUGGAAUAAAUUAGAUGUUCCUUCCCUCUGUUCAAAUGCUUGCGCUGUUUGACCUUUGUGGUAGGAGCCUUUGGCUUUGUUAAAUUUCAGAACAUAAGAGAGAAAGAACUUACAGAGAAAUAUAAUUUCUCUCUCGUUUUUCUCAUCAGUUUUCAUUAACAUAAAACUCCUCAUAUAGGAGACACAUUACAAAAGAGAGUGCAUGAGCCAUUACCUACUA